UGGAUCAUUGCUCAACUUCGCCCCGGUCGCCAUGUCCGCAGCGGAAAAGGCGCAGCAGUUGCGUUCUCUGAUUCGUCUACUCACUGAUGCUUCAGAGGUAGUCAUCAAAGAGUGGGAGGCCGAAGAACGAGGUGAUAAUAGAGAAGAAAAUGCGCUCCCGUCGCAAGAGUUGUAUGAUGCUCGCCGCGUUAUACGUGGUGCUUGCGGUAUGUGUGCCGAUAUGGUACAGGAUCCCCUCACUCGAUUAGAAGAGGUAUCGCACGGAGCGCUGUCUCUCAUAGAGUCCCUCUAUAUAUUGGUUGCCGCACGGAUUCCGGACAUCCUUGCUGAGGUCGCGCCUGGCGAGGGCAUGCCGAUCUAUGAACUGAGUCGCAGGACCCAAAUUGACGACACGAAUUUAGCACGCGUUCUCCGUUUGCUGUGCACUAGCCACAUACUUUCGGAAGUCAAGCGCGAUCACUUCGCAAAUACUCGCACAAGUGGGAUCCUUGUGCGGAACGAGCCGGCACAGUCUCUAAUGCUGAUGAACGGCUUUGGCGUCUACACGAAGUCGAUGGAUAAGCUGCCCUCUGUACUCAUGGAUCCCGUGAAAUCUCGAGAGACCGCACCGAACCGAAAUGCCUUCCAAGAAGCCAUGGGCACAGACAUGACGUUCUGGGAAUGGUGUGAGCAAGACGUCAGACAGGAAGACGGGACCUUACAGCCUAGCCCUCUGCUCAAGACGUUUACUAAGGCUAUGAUGGCUACGGGACAACUAGUCUCUUCUUCCAUCAUUUCUGACUAUCCAUGGGAGGCUCUGAGCGGCGCAACAGUCGUGGACGUAGGUGGGGGUGUGGGCAGCAUGUCCAUGGAGCUGGCGACGCAGUUCCCGAAGCUGCAUUUCGUCGUACAGGACAGGGGUCCUGUAGUCGAGCAAGGUCGAGCAAUGUGGAUGUCCAGGAUGCCUCGAGCGAUACUAGAUGGGCGCGUCACCCUGCAGAUUCACGAUUUCUUCCGGGAGCAGCCCGUCAAAGGCGCUGAUGUCUAUUUUCUCCGCUACAUCUUACACGAUUGGGCGGACGAUGUUUGCGUCACCAUUUUAACGCGGCUACGCGAGGCUAUGAGCGCGAGUUCCCGUAUCCUGGUUGCCGACAUAGUCAUGCAUACGACGGUGGGGUCUCCCCUUCUGAAGAGUGCUCCCGCACCCCUGCCUGCAAAUUACGGCAGUGCUAGUAUCUUCAAGAACAUGCAGGAUUUAGCUAUGCUCGCCCUGUUCAACGGCACUGAACGUACUCCAGAGCAGCUCAGCGCGCUGGCAGCGCGGGCAGGUCUCAAGGUCGUGAAGAUCUGGGAAUGCCGCAGCAUCCUUUCCAUCACGGAGAUGAUGUUAUCCUAGGUCGUUCCUUUGCCACUCAAUCACCGCAUUUGGGAGUGUGGGUGGGACAGUAGCGCGGUUGCAGAGCCUGAAGCAUACUAGAGGAACCGUCGCACCUGGGUAGGAGGACAGUGGGAUGAUGAUACGUGCUCGACAUAGAGAUGAUCAGGAUUAUUUACAGAUCUGUCGUCGUCACCAACAAUGACAUGCAUUGCACGGCAGA